GGACUAAACCGAAAGCUAAAAGGGUCGUUUGGAGUUAAAAGUGUUAAAGGAGUUAAUAAAGGAACUUGGCAGACCGAACGCAAUGAUUGGGCGUGAAUCGUGAUGUGUUCUGUGAUCGUGAUUCACAAAUAAGAAAUGUCAAAAUUUAUAGAGAGGUCAUCAAGAGUAGUUAUUUAUUUGGGAAAGCAUUUUUUUAAUUAGAGAUUUUCUCACACGAUUUUUAAUUAGAAAUGUUCAAUAAUUUGUAAGAGAAAGGCUCUAAUUAUGAAUGCUUUUCAGGUAUGCCACAAUACGAGCGAUUUGAUUCCUUUUUAUCUUCCGCAACAAUUAUAUUUGAAGCCGAUUGCCCGCAUAAACAUAUCUUUACAACUUCCAAAUGUAAAAAAGUUAGGAAAAAGUGUUUCUCAUUGGGAGAUUAUGGAUAAAAUUAAAAUGUUGAUACGUCCUGAUGAGUUUACAGUGUUAAAAGUUACAAAAACCACCGUUGAAUUUGUUCGUUUCGAAGGAGAAUUGGAAACUAAAGAAAAAAUAGCUAGAGUUUUGGCCAAAAUAGAUAAUAAAAUGAUUAAGUUAAAAGAUUUUAGCGAGUUAAUGAGGGUAAAAGCAGCUGAGUGGAAGUCUGAUUUUCCACAUCGUCGCGUUUGGGAUGAUUUCUUUUCUAGUGCUAAAGAUAUGGAUGAAAUGAAACCAGGACAACGACCAGAUACAGUUUAUAUAUCUAACUUGCCAUCAAACUGGUUUGUACCAUAUCACCUCACUGGUGAAGACGCAGUGCCCUCAGAAAAAAUAUUUUAUAGGGUGUUUGAAAAGUUUGGUUCUAUUAGGUAUGUAGAUAUCCCUAUUUGUGAUCCUUAUAGGAAGAAAAUGAAAGAUCAUAUAUCUGGCUUAAAAAAUUCCUCAUUUGAAAGAACAGAGUUUUUUGAGGGCUAUAUACAAUUUAAAGAUUAUAUUGGCUUUACAAGGGCUAUGGAUGCUUUAAGAAAUAUGAAACUAGUUCAUAAAGAAGAGGAGACAGCUAUUGAAGUUAACAUUAAGGUUGAUUUUGAUAAAUCUAAACAUUUAAGUGAUGGUUCAAUUAGAAGAAGGGAGAUAGUACGUGAUAGACUCAUUACAAAGGCUAGAGAGCAGGAAGAAAAAGAUAAAGCAGCUUUGGAGGAAAAGAAUAAGAGGGAGGAGCAAGAUAGACAACGAGAAUUUGAUAUUAAAGAACAGAAGAAACUUAGAAGAAAACUACGAGAAGAAAAAAGAAAAGCGAAAAUACUAGAAAAAUUAGAAAUAUCAGGUAGUGAUGAAAUCAACGAAAAAAUCGCUAAAGAAGAAAAAAAGUUGUUGCGAGUACAAAGAAAACUAGAAGCUAUUAGACUAGUUGAAGAAUUGUUUAGAAGGAUACAGGACAAAAAUCCCCACAACAUUCUACUUUAUGACGAUUUAUCAAAUCCUUCAAGAAAUGAACUGAGAAACUUUAAAAACUCUAGUGAAUUAGAAGUUCUAAAUCAAAGAGAAAAACUACAUAAUGUACUCAAGGGCAGAGUAAUGCUAAAAACAAUCUUGGCAGAUAGCUCUCGAACAAGAAGAUACUCUUCAUCGAGUUCUAAUUCUGAUAUAUCAUUGGACAUACCAAUACACUCUAAUGCAGGUCAAAGACCUAAGAGUCCUGUAUUUAAUAAGUACCCAGAACUGUUCUAUGAACCCACUAAUUGGUUAGGCUACCCACCAUAUAUGCAUCCUGGAUCAUUGUUUUCAGAAACAUACCAUCCUUUCGAUACUUACAUACCAAGAGGUAGAGGCUUUCCGAGGCUUCCAAAUAUUGCAGGACCAUCUCGAGGAGGUUACAAUAGAAGAAGAGGAGGUUACAGGUAUAGAGGUGGUGGCAGAGGUGGAGCCAAAUACAACCAAUACCCUCAAGACAUAGAAGAAGAUUAUAGAAAAUACAUCAGCAAGUUCCUAAAUGAACAUAACACAUCCAGAAGAUCCUAUUCACCUAAUAGAAGAACUAGAGACAGAUCACGGUCUCGAUCCCAUUCUAGCUCUAGAAUAUCAUAUUCUAGAUCUAGAAGGUCGUAUUCUAGAUCCCGUUCUAGAUCGCGUUCUAGAUCUAGAACAAGAAAACGAUCAAGAGACAGAAGAUCAAGAUCAUACAACUAUAGAUCAAGAUCUAGAAGUUCACGUUCUAGAUCUAGGUCAAAAUCUUCCAGAAAGUCUUUGGGUACGCCAAAACAUGAAAAUAAGAGAAGUCGAUCUAUAUCAAGAGAUAAAAAAAGAAGUAAGAGUAGAACACCAAGAUCUAAAGAUAGAACGAGGAAAAGGUCUUCAGAACGUUCAAGAACUAAAAAAGACAGUGAAACAAAAAAAUUAAGAUCUUCUGAAGAAAAGAAAUCCAGUACUCGUUCUAGAGAACAGAAAUCUAGGAGUCGAUCUAGAGAAAAUAAAUCUAGGAGUCGAUCUAGAGAAAAGAAGUCUAAAAGUCGCUCUAGAGAAAAGAAGUCUAGGAGUCGUUCUGGAGAAAAGAAGUCAAGGACCUGUUCUAAAGAUAAUGGUAGAAGCCGUUCUAGAGAUAAGUCUAUAGAUAGUUCUACUUUUAUGACUCCUCAACAAUUUUCGAAACAUAGGGAUCGAUCAAAAUCGUGGUCUCUUCCAAAGGAAGGAGAAUCUAAAAACAGGUCGUGGUCUAAGUCUCCAGAGAAGAAAAAUUAAAUGUUAUUUUGACAUAAUGUGUAUAGAACAAACUUAUUAUAUAACUGUUUUUAUAUUAAGAAUAAAGUGCUAUUUAACUCUG